GCAGCCGCCGCGCUAACCCACAUAUUUACUGAUGCUAUCGUUACAAGGGCCGAUUAAUGAGCCUUUCUGCAGCUUUUAGUGGUUUCACUCAGACCUGAGAAAGUUUAUCCUCAACCGGAAUCCCGUCCUCAGGCUGUGGUGAGUCCGGACCGCCUUAACCAGGUCGGAGGAGCGGUAAAUUAUAUGUCCCCGCUCUGCUGGUUAACGUUUUUCCCCGUAGCCACCGAGCAGUUGUUGUUAGCCCCGACACAAAGAGAGGAGUCUUGCUAACCGGCUAAACAACCGACAGACCUAUCAAGAAAACAUGGACACGUUUCAGAAGGUGGAAAAGAUAGGAGAGGGGACGUACGGAGUGGUUUACAAAGCGAAGAACAAAGUCACCGGAGAAACUGUUGCUCUGAAGAAAAUCAGGCUGGACACGGAAACAGAGGGAGUUCCCAGCACUGCCAUCCGAGAGAUUUCACUUCUCAAAGAACUCAGUCACCCAAAUAUUGUCAAAUUGCGAGAUGUCAUCCACACCGAGAACAAGCUCUACCUUGUGUUUGAGUUCCUUCAUCAGGAUCUAAAGAAGUUCAUGGACUCCUCCUCAAUCACUGGUAUCCCACUGCCCCUGGUUAAGAGUUACCUUUUCCAGCUGCUGCAAGGCCUGGCCUUCUGCCACUCUCACAGGGUCCUUCAUCGAGACCUGAAGCCUCAGAACCUGCUCAUCAACGCUCAGGGGGAGAUCAAGCUCGCUGACUUCGGUCUGGCAAGAGCAUUUGGAGUACCUGUCCGAACAUAUACACACGAGGUGGUAACACUUUGGUACCGAGCGCCAGAAAUUCUCCUUGGCUGCAAAUAUUACUCCACAGCUGUCGACAUCUGGAGCCUGGGGUGCAUCUUUGCUGAAAUGAUCACCAGGAGGGCCUUAUUCCCCGGCGACUCAGAGAUCGAUCAGUUAUUCAGAAUUUUCCGCACCCUGGGCACACCUGAUGAGACCGUCUGGCCUGGAGUCACAACAAUGCCUGACUACAAACCAUCUUUUCCCAAGUGGGGCAGACAGGAUUUAUCCAAAGUGGUACCUCUUCUUGACGAGGAUGGAAGAGAACUGCUCGGAGAAAUGCUGAAUUAUGAUCCAAACAAAAGGUUAUCUGCCAAAAACGCCCUGGUACAUCGAUUCUUCCGUGACGUCACCAGACCAGUUCCCCAUCUGAGACUCUGAGUCGAGCUAAAUAUAUCAGGCUGUUUUUAUGCCAACAAUGUGCAAGCAAUAAGGACCUCCUCAACUUCCUUUCAGGACCAUCCCUGGAAUGGACAGAAACAGUGGACACUACAGGAAAUGUUGGAUCCGUCAAUGGAUAUUUGAUAAUAAUGAAAACCAGCUUUCUAGAAGAUAGAUGUCCAGAAAAUGUUGCUGUUUUGUUUCAGCUCUGAAAUUGUAAUAGUUAUGAAUGUUUAACUGUAAUUUUCAAUAUCACAUUGUGCAUAUUUAUGUGCAGCUGCCAUUUUUGAUGUACAUGUCAUUUGUGAUUGGGAGGGUCCUCUGACUGAGCGCAGGUCUGGCCGACACAUUCUGGUUACGCACCAUUAAAUUUACCAAUAUAAUCGGUAUGUUUGCUUCAGGAUGUCCACAUAUAGUCAAGUAGGUAAAAUUAAAUAUUAUUUGAAACGUUUGUGGGAUAGUGCAAAUAACAAAUGUCACGCUUUGUAAGACUGAGCAGCAGCUCAAUGAAAGAUGGAGCGACGACUCUGCACAAGUCGUCACACAACAGUCAUUGUCAGCUGAUGUUAAACAUUCUGAAAGAACAUGGAAUUAUAACCGUGUUCUUCUAGUUUGUUUGUUUUUUUUCUCACAGCUAAAUUCAAAAUUUGGGUCCAAAGUAUCUUGAAGUGAUUUUGAAAUUGCACCUUGGAUUAUUUAACACACAGAAAAGCUUAAUGGUGGUACAGGUUUUCUGGCAGGAUUCAUAUCUCAGCUUUGUACACAGUGCGGUCGUGAUAUUCAAAUGUUCCCUGUUGUAAUUCAUAUUUUACAGAAUUUAACGAGCUGUUGUAUUUUUCUUACUCUAGAUUUUAUCCAACCCAAUUGAACUGUUUUUUAUGGAUAUUGUUUAUUUACAGUUUGAAAAAAAAAAUAAACUUGUUCAAAUAACUGUUUAUUUUGGUUUCAGGUUAACAGAGUCUGUUGCAGUUUGAGCGUAAGUGAAUCAUGUUUUCUUCACUUCUGGAUCCAAGUCAUGCCAAAUAGUUUGUGAGACUCAAAUGCUCUCUGGCCUCAUUGAAUCAAAUUACUUUUUUUACUUACUUUGUUUGGUGGAAAACCUACUGUGGGGAAACGCUUGUGUUCUCCGAGUAAAUAUAAACAAUCAACCAAAUUGUUUCUACAUAAAUGAGUUUUUAUUUGUCACGUCAUAUUUAGACAAACAGUCAAACAGUACAAAAGUUCACAUGUUCACAUGUUUGUAUGUCUACAUACUGUACGUAGAAAAAAACAGACCGCCUUGUGUUAGCAGGUUUUGUUUUCCAUUUAUUUUCAUAAUGAACAAUAAUUAGAGGAAACAAAUUUCUGGAAAGUGAGCAUGUUAGAAGCAAACAAUUAGAU